GUCCAGCCGGCUUGCUCCGGCCGCGAACUGCCCCUCCCCGCCCCGCCUCCCGGCGCGGGUGGCCGAGGCGUAGCGCUGCGACCCCCGUCCCUGCGAACAUGGCGCUGCGAGUGGUGCGGAGCGUGCGGGACCUGCUCUGCACCCUGCGCGCGGUCCGGUCACCCGCCGCGCCCUGCCCGCUGAGGCCCUGGCAGUUGGGGGCGGGCGCCGUUCGGACACUGCGCACGCGACCCGCUCUGCUCUCGGUGCGUAAAUUCACAGAGAAACAUGAAUGGAUAACAACAGAAAAUGGUAUUGGAACAGUGGGAAUCAGCAAUUUUGCACAGGAAGCAUUGGGAGAUGUCGUUUACUGUAGUCUACCUGAAGUUGGGACAAAAUUGAACAAACAAGAUGAGUUUGGUGCUUUUGGAAAGUUUGUGAAAGCUUGCCUUUUAGUGAACUCUUAUUCUUCCUUUAUCAGGAGCAAGUAA